AGCGUGCCUCGCUGUGCUGCGAGGGGUAACUGGGUGUUGUAGUCUCGCUGCCCUCCUGGCUGGUCCAGCAACCCUCAGGAUGUCGGAGGUGCGGCUGCCACCGCUGCGCACCCUAGACGACUUUGUCUUGGGGUCUGCACGUCUGGCGGCUCCUGAUCCAAGCGAUCCACAGCGAUGGUGUCACCGCGUCAUCAACAAUCUUCUCUACUACCAAACCAAUUACCUUCUCUGCUUCGGCAUCAGUCUCGCUCUGGCCGGGUACACUCGUCCACUGCACACCCUCCUGAGCAUGCUGGUAGUGGUGGUGAUCCUCGGGGUGCUGGUGUGGGCUGCUGAAACUGGUGCCGCUGUGCGCCGCUGCCGUCGCAGCCAUCCUGCUGCCUGCCUGGCUGCAGUGCUUGCCCUUAGCCUCCUCAUUCUCUGGGCCGUGGGCGGCGCUUUCACCUUCCUGCUCUGCAUCACAGCGCCAGUGCUUUUGAUCCUGCUGCAUGCUUCACUGCGCCUGAGAAACCUUAAAAACAAGAUUGAGAACAAGAUUGAGAGCAUUGGUCUAAAGCGGACGCCAAUGGGACUGCUUCUAGAGGCACUGGGACAAGAGCAGGAAGCUGGAUCCUAGGACCCUGGCAUCUACACUCUGGAUCUAGAGGACCCCCACCCCAUACCCAAGACCCAGCCUUUUCCCCAGCCAUUAAAAUAGGAGCCUAGAGCCCUCUGGCCUGUCCAAAAAGACCGAUGACUACUCACUCCAGUCCCAAACCAGCCUCCAGCCCCUAUUACCUAGGGACCAAAGUCUUCCUUAUUCCUCAAUUUGAGACUCAGUCACCUACAUCCAGCCUUGAAACUGGAUUUUUAAGCCAGAGCAUCCAUAGCUAACCCAAACAUGGGACCCACUGAUCUUCCAUACUUCAAAGCCAAGGACUUGAGGCAGGACAAAUCUUGAGCUCUAGACUAAGGGAUUUUUCAGACCCCACCCAGCUUGGAACCCAGGUUAAGACAUGGCCGAAUCUUGAGCUUAAGCCCCAAGUGUGCUCAACCCUGACCUCGCUGAACCCUGGAAUCCGGAUGACCCUAACCGUCAGCAGUCCCAAUAGCCUCCUUCCAACUCUGUUUAGAGGGUUUCUUCCCUUCCCUACAAUGUUCCCAGUACCAGGGACCAUGGCUGGCCAGGGAUAAACCCAACUGGGAAUGGAGCUCAUAUAUUAGUGUUGCUGCAACAAUAAAGCUUUUGAAUCUGAAGCUA